GCAAGCACAAGCGACGGGUCCAUACUCCAGAAGUGAGGUGUCUAUUUCAUUUUCUGCCGUAGAUGGUAUCGAAUCGAGCAGAAAGUUGAAAACUGGUAACAUAUGAUUAAACAUUGUGAUUAGAAUGAAUGGAACAGCAUAUUCAAAUUUUGACAAUCAAGAACACGUCCUCAAACUAGGCGAAACUUUUGAGAAACAACCUAAAAGUGCAUUCCACACGGUACGAUAUGAUUUCAAACCAGCCUCCAUAGACACAACAUGUGAGGGGGAGCUGGAAGUGGGCAAAGGAGAGCAAGUUACAGUCACACUACCGAACUUAGAGGGAUCCUUAGCACCUGUUACCGUAUUUAAAGGUUCCAAAAGGCCUUAUAUGAAAGAAUGCGUUCUCAUUGUUAACCAUGACACGGGAGAGUAUCGUCUGGAGAAACUCAGCAGCAACAUUGCCGUCAAGAAGACCAGGGCUGAGGGAAGCAGUAAGGUUCAGUCACGGCUGGAGCAGCAAACCAGCAGGCUCAGUCAGCAGAUGAAGACCGGAAGUGGAAACAAGGCUCCAUCCAGCACCAAGAGCUCUCCUCCCAAGGAGAAAAUGUCUCCAUCAUCUCCCAUGGAUGAUAUUGAGCGAGGUAAUAUGUCUUGCUGUUACCUUGUCCCAAUACCUUGUUGAUUUGUCUAGGGAUAUUUAGGGGAUGUAACAUUUAUUUGAAAAAAAUAGGAUAUAGCCUAGUGCAAAUAGGAUAUAGGAGAACACCACAAAUUCAAACAGAGAAAAGAUAUUUAUUUGCU